AUGGCCCAGCGAAGCCCAAUCUUCCCAACUCUUGCCCCUUCUGAAAGACGGGUUCGAAACAUACCGCUGCAUAGCCAGGCGUUGACAGCGGUCCCGUUGGCAUCUGCAAGCCUGGUGGAUCAGCUGGAAGACAGAAUCCUAAGCCAUGAGAAAACAACGGCGGCUCUUGUGGAACACGCUUUUCGCAUUAAGGAGGACAUUGUUUCCACUCUGCACAGAAUGCAGAACAAAGGGGGGGGUGACCGGUUGGCUAGGCAACUCUUGGAAGAACAUAUCCGAAACAUAACGGCAAUAGUGAGGCAGCUUAAUCGGGACAUUGAGAUGCUGCAGGAACAGAUUCGUGUCAGAGACAAUCUCAGCUACGGAACAAAUUCUACCCUGAAGAGUCUGGAAAUGCGGCAGCUUUCUGGUUUAGGAGAUCUUCGGGGAAGAGUUGCAAGGUGUGAUGCUGGGUUAGCCAGACUGUCUGCAGAGCAUAAAAUUACGUAUGAAAGACUUCAGAGCCUAAGUAAAGACCAACACACGUCCAAGCUGAUCUUAGAAUCUAAAAUCAAAGAGGCAGAAAUACAGAUUUCUCAUCUUCUGAGCAGAGUAGAGCAAUCAAUAAUGCAACAAGAAGCAAAGCUGAAGAUUGCCUAUAAGGAGAGCAACCAACAGCUCCACCUUCUGGAUAUGAAAUUAAAAAAUGCUAUUGAGGAGCUCAGCAGCCAGAUUUUGUCUGCACGUAGCUGGUUGGAACAGGAGCAUGAAAGGACUGAAAAAGAGCUUGUGCAAAAAAUUGACCAACUCUCAUUGACUUUUAAGGAAAACACUGAAAUGAGUGAAAGAGCUAUAGAGGUGAAAUUCAACCAAAUGGCAGAGAAAAUUGACAAAAUAGAAGAAAUACAGAAGAUAACCGUGGAAGCACAUGAAGCAAAACAGACUGAAGAAAAGAUAAAUAUUCGCAUUGGCAAACUUCAAGAUGAGAUAAAUGAAGACAUAAAAGAAAUGAAAGCUGAAGUUAAUGCUGGAUUUGCCGCUAUCUAUGAGAGCAUUGGGUCCCUACGGCAAGUUCUAGAAGCGAAAAUGAAGCUGGACAGAGAUGAACUACAGAAGCAGAUCCACCAAAUGAAGCAGGAGGUUCCAACAUGGGGAGAAACUGGACCAUGA